AUGUCCAUAUUUAGUCAAGAUGAAGAGUUUAUGGAUAAUAUAAAAAAGCAACCACCAUCAUCACUAUCUAACACAGAUCAAUCAAAAGCAGAAAAAGAAUUAGCUGAUUUACAAUUACAAAAACAAAAACAAUUAUUACAACAAAAUCAAAUAUUUUUAAAUGAUUUAUUUCAAGAUAAUUCUACUCAACCUAUACGAAUUAAAAAUGUUCAAAUUACAAAUGGUGAACAAUAUCGAGAUUCUUUUAUAGCUAAACAAUUUGAACCAUUGCUCGAAAAUAAAGUGCUAUCUUUAGAAAAUUAUUUACAUACAAUUGAAUCAAUAUCUAAAAAUUUUAUGAAAUUAGGAAUAGUAGAGAAUAUACUAUGUAAUACUCAUCAAAUCAAUCAACAAAAUUCAAAUGGAUUUGUUGGAUUUAAAAAAAAUCUAAGUGGUGGUUCAGCAAUUAAUGUUGUUCCUGUUUUCAAUGUUUUACCAAUUAAAAAAUUCAUGGCUAAAACGGGUACAAAUAUUGGAAAUGGAGAAGGAGAUGGAUAUAUUCAAUUUCAAUUAAGAAAUAUAUUUGGAGGAGCAGAAAAUUUAACAUUUGAUGCAAUAACAGGAACUAAAACUUCAAGUUCUUAUUUAAUAAAUUUUAAUCAACCAAUAAAUAGUAAUGCGGAUUAUAUAUUUGAUUCUUCUGUAAGUAUAAAUUCGAGAAAAUUAGAUUGGAUUCAAAGUAAUGUUCAUUCAAAAAAUUUAAUAAACAAGAUUUAUACACAAUAUAAUAAUUCAUUUUUAAAUCAUGAAAUAAUAUUAGAAAAUAGUUUAAAGAAUUUAGAUAAUUAUGGAUCAAAAUCUUUCCAAGUUAUGAAACAAUGUGGAGAAUCUAUAAAAUCUUCAAUUGCUUAUAAUUUAAUUUAUGAUUCAAGAAAUAAUAAACAUUUACCAUUUAAAGGAACUUUAUUUCAAUUAGGAAUAGAAUAUAAUGGAAUAUUUAAAAAAUUUAAUAAAUAUCCAUUUUUAAAAAUCGCUUCAUUAUCACAAACUGCUUAUCAUUUACCUUGGAUAAAUUCUCAUUUACUAUAUACAAAUAAAUGUGGUUUAUUAUAUCUGUUAGCUAAAAAUGGUGAAACUUCAAUAUUAGAUAGAUUUUAUAUUGGUGGACCAAAUGAUGUUAGAGCUUUUACUUUAAAUGGAUUAGGUCCUAAAGAUAAAAAUUCAUUUAUUGGAGGUGAUUUAUUUUCAGUUGGUGGUGUUUCUAUAUUCACUGAUAUUCCAUAUUAUAAAGAAUCAAAUUUUAAAUUUCAUAAUUUUAUAAAUUGGGGAAAAAUUGUAAAAUACAAUCAAAAAUUAACAUUAUUACAAAAUUUUAAAAAAUUAGGUGGUUCUUAUUGUUUAAGUUGUGGAUUUGGUAUAUUAUAUAAUCAUCCAAUGGCAAGAUUUGAAUUAAAUUUUGUUUUACCUUUGGUUGCUAAUGAAAAUGAUUCAAUAAGAAAAGGUAUUCAAUAUGGUAUUGGUGUUUCAUUCUUGUAA